AUGCUGCACCUGCAAACCAGUCUCCUUCCUCAGCCAAAGCAACUAUUCCUGAAACCUGCAUCUAUCCGCGAUAACAUUGAUUCUACCGCCUCCAACGUUUCUCAGCCAAUAGACACAUCACCAAAACACCUCUCCACUGAUCCUGCCGAUCCACAGUCAACUGCCAGUACCACUGUAGACUUGCACACAGAAUCCUCUUCCGAGGAAGAGGAGGAUGAUGACUCCCACACCAGUACGCCCACAAGGGACAAACUUAUUUUCUACACGUCUCUGUCAAAUGAGGACACUAUGACCUUCACAAGCUGUACAAAGGGCUCUGUGUUGGGUCUAUCAAGUUUACUUGUGCUGAUGGAUUCGUGUUCCAGAAAACUCAGGUCUUGCGCCUUGUGCCUUGCAUUUUUUUUAUUAUGGCAACUCCAGCUGGCAAGUAAGGAAGACGGCUUGACGGAUUGCACAACACAGGUUCUGAAUGAAGGCGCCCAAGAAGAUGUCAGCUUGGUUGGCAUUUGCAAUAAAGCUCCUACCAUUAUUGACACUGAUGGCGAAUUAAGCCUGUCAGGUACCAGCAACAGUGACCACCCAACUGCAAACACCGACCAUGUUAGAACACCGAAAGCAAUUAGCAACAGUGACCAUACUUCUGCUAACACAGAUCACAUUACUAAGGCAAAAGCGAUCAGCAACAGCGGUCAAGCUGCUGGUAACAGUGAUAAUACUAUCAAGCUAGAAUUUAUCAACAAUAGAGACAUUGUUACAGUUUAUACUUUUAACCAAACAACGCCAGGAUUAUUCGGCCAAAACCCGAGCAUCGAGAACCAGUUGAGAUCUCUUGGCACAUUAAAGUUUCUGAAACUCAUAUUCAAUCCGCAUAACUUUAUAUUCUUGUGCGACCAUCCUCCAGUCAAGUUCUCAUCGUCGUUCCUUGGAAAAAAUGAUGAUAAAUGUUUUGGGAACCACCACAGAGUCCAGUUUAAUUCAGUUCUAUCUCUGUGUCUUUAUGCAUACAACGUGAUAUACGGGAGUAACUCCUUAAAGUAUACUGAAAUUAAAAUUACUUCAAGAAAAAUAUUUGUUGUAUUCUACGGCGAUAAUUUUGUUAACAUUUGUUUGCCAAUGUUCAUGAGAUAUAAUUACUGUAAAGACGAGGAUUUGUUUACUCUGUGUCAAGAGAAUAAUCAAAUUUUUGCAUUUUUUUCAUUCCAAGCGUUGCCCACGUUCACCACACCUACACGAUGACUACUAUUCAUUAAUUAUAUAAAUUUUCUUGAUGGAAAUAGAGAGUGUAUAAGAACCAUUUGUCAGGGAAGUCAUAUGUUCAUCGACGGCGAGGUAGCUGGACUUCGUUUUCGGGUAACCAAUUUUAAUGUAGUAAUAAAUAACACUUCCUGCUAUCAUAAAAAUAAUCCCAUUCGUUUAUUUGCUGCAGAUGAGAUAUUCUAUCUUACAAUGAACAUUCACUGGCCUUGCUGCUACCCUGAUUAUUAUGUGGCAUGGGAAGGUUGCCCAGAAGAACGUGGAUUGAUCGGUGCAUGGAAUUACCUGCCGCUAUCGUGUCGGAUAAGUGAGCUGGUACUUAUCGUGAUUGUGGCAGUGAUAAUGGUUAGUGGAGUGGUGGGCAACUUGAUGGUGGUAGUUGUGAUGCUGAUGGUGAUGGUAAUGGAGAACGGGCCACAAGAAGGACACGAGUCCAUUAUGCUUCGCACUUCCCUCGCUUUCUCUGACUUAUUAGUGUCUCUCUUUGUUGUUGUUCCUUCAUUUUAUUACCACCUGGAACCAUUUUUUACUCUUUUUUAUCGCCUUUCGAUAGACAGCCCAUACCUAAUGAAGGAGGGCGAUACGAUUUUUUUUCCUUACAUUAAACCGUUUGAUGAGGGAUUGCCUCUCUUUCAGGCUUUCUUGUUCUGCCUAUGCUCCAUUGUAUCAUUAUUAACACUCUUUCUACCCUCAAAGUACUGCGAAUACUUUACAGUGAGGCGGGUGUGGGCAGCAAUAACAUUCACUUGGGUUCUUGGCUUCCUUGACACACUCCUCUUCAUGUAUCACAGGGAUGGCUACUUUGUAACUCACUGGUCAACUUUCAACAAACUUCCCAUAUUCUUCUCACAAUCUGGGCCUUCCAGAAAAAAACAGGCAAGAGAGUCUCGGGAAUGGAACAAAGAUAAUAUGGGAUAUUCAGGGCCAAGAGAUAAGGAAAAUAGACACAUUUUGGUGACUCAAAUUGUAAUGACUGUGUGCCUCUUUAUCUCUAACGUCCCCUUACACAUUGACAUAUUUUUCAUCUUCUUGACAGAAGGUCUUGGCAUCUACAAAUAUGAACUGAUUUCUUAUAUUUGCUGGUGGCUCUUUCUCUCUGGAACAGCCUGGAACCCAUGGAUCUACAAUGCUCAGAGCAGAAAGUUCAGAAAUGACGCAACUCGGGUACUAAGAAAAAUCAUCCCUGGGAUGAGAGGUAAAGAUGAGAACACUGUAGGGAGGACGAAAAUGUUGUUAGCUCUGGGACUAGAAGCUAAACAAGAAUAACAGAUAAUAUUUUCCGCCUUCGAUUUAAUCUUAGUCAUGAUUACAAGUUUGUGUCGCACUGACUGGCUGGUUUAUGUGCUUAAAGCUUCUUAACUACAUGAGAAUCAUUGAAAUUUAAUCUAACCUUGUUCAUUACCAGUCAAGAAUGUUAUAAUACUUAAAUCACGGAUUACAGUAAACUCUGCUUAUACACUUCUUAGUGCAAAUAACCUUGAUGUACUGCAGUGCAGAAAAAAAAUGUCUGAAUGAUCAUUUUCAAAAUCUUAUUUAAGAUUUGCUUCAAGUUUUAAUUGUCAUUUUAUUAGAUUUGUAAUAUAAUAAACAUUUUUUAUUUCUGCUUCAAGGAACGUUAGAUGAUGUUGGCGAGGGGCUCUUGAUUCAAGGUAUGCGAGCCUGACCUCCCCUUCCAUUAAUUGUUUUUCAAGCUCGCAGGUUCUCUGGGGCCCCUACGGGCUUAACUCUCCUCCCAAGAAAGCAAAGUUCUUGGAAUGAGAGUUGUUAUAAUUUAUAAUGAACUUGUUAUCCCCUUCUCAUGUAUAACAGACAAAAACAAUAUGACCCAUUCAUAGAAUAAAUUUUGCUACCUAUUAUCAUCGUUCCUCAGUUGGUGCAGUGUAGAUUAUGUGUCUUCCAAGACAGGAGUGUGUGUUAGUAAAAUGUAAAACUGUGUCUUAAUGCUGUGAUAUUUGAGUCGGAGUUGUGCAAGAGUGAGCUGAUAGGUUAAGUUUGAUUUGUGACUGUAAGUUAGGUGUGAAAUUUAGUUACAGGUGAAGGCAAUUUGGACGUUCGUAUUAGUGAGCUAAUGAGUUGCUGAAAUAUGGAAAUGAGUUAUUUCGCUGUUGGUAGGAAAAUGUAAUUAAAAGCUGGAUGGAAGGUUGGGGAGAGAGUUAAUGAGCUAAUAGAUGGGUAUGGAAGUUAGUGAAUGAGUUGUUGUAAAGGAAUGUAAUUUAAUUGUUUGGAAGGACGUGGAAGAGUUAAGGGAGUGUUUUUAAAGAUGUGGAAAUAGUUCACUGUUUGUUAGAAACAUCUGGAAUUUAGUUAUUAAUAUGUUAAAAGUGGAAUAUAAACACGUGAAACUGAAUUGUGUAAAUCAUGUAGAGAGAUUUUGGGGUGUGGAAAAAUGUGUUUAAAUUGUGUAUUGCAAGAGUAUUAAAGUUCUUGAGGUACAAGAGCUAACUUUAGAGAUUUCACUGUUGGGUUUGAAGUAGGGAGAAAAAAACGUCAGUCAUGAUACGACCUUCACGAGUUCAUUAUUCAUGAAGCUGCAGACGAUACAAUGAAUGGCAUACGUCAAAAGUUUUUAACAAAUGAAUAACUUGAUAAUGUGAUCGGAUUAUUUCCACAUGGUGAAAACAUGGUAAAGUAAUUUAGCAAAUAAUAAACAAGAGGAUAUGUUAAACUAAAAAUUUAUGUUUAUUAUAUAAAUGUUUAGGGAAAAUUCGUUUAUGUAAGUGUGUUUGUAAUGUGUGUUUGUAAUGUGUGUUUGUAAUGUAAUGUAAUGUGUGUUUGUAAUGUGUGUUUGUAAUGUAAUGUGUGUUUGUAAUGUGUGUUUGUAAUGUAAUGUGUGUUUGUAAUGUAAUGUGUGUUUGUAAUGUAAUGUGUGUUUGUAAUGUAAUGUGUGUUUGUAAUGUAAUGUGUGUUUGUAAUGUAAUGUGUGUUUGUAAUGUAAUGUGUGUUUUUUGUAUGUUUGUAAUGUGUGUUUGUAAUGUGUUUGUAAUGUAAUGUGUUUGUAAUGUAUUUUUGUAAUGUGUGUUUGUAGUGUAUGUUUGUAAUAUAAGUGUGUUUGUAAUGUGUUUGUAAUGCAUGUUUGUAAUGAAAGUGUUUGUAAUGAAAGUGUAAUGUAAGUGUUUGUAAUUUAAGUGUUUGUAAUGUAAGUGUGUUUGGGGUGACAGUUUGCGUCUUAAUGAAGUAGGCAAAGAAAUAUUAAGUAGAAUUCUUAAGGAAAAUAUAUGUAAAGUUAUGGAUGGAGAUAACUUGAAUGUGAGACAGAGAAGAAUAAAGAGGUGUUAUAUUAA